GUAUAUAUAUUAAUUAUGUGCGCCUUUAGUGAUUUGUGACGUGGUCUAGUGGUGAGAGGUUCUAGUUUAAAACGCCUGGACCUGGGUUCGAGUAGAGUAGGCGCUUGUUUUGUCUCUUUUUUAAAAAAUGAGGUUAAAUGAUUUGGAAAUGACGAAAUUAACCUUAUCUUCUACCUUUCAAUGUGAUAUCUCUGCAACCUCUGGCCGCUUUUCAAUUGUUUUUUUCUCGAUUUCACAGAUCUUUCUCACUAUUCUUGUAUGUUUUAGUGAAAAUACAUCAAAUCUAAGACACGCUUGCGAUAUCAAACAAGAAAACCAUGAAAACUUUGAGUUUUUUUAAAGUUCCGAUUUAUUGGCCGUAUAACAUCAAUUCGCCACGGAUGCAGCCCGAUUUGCGUGUUUCCGGCGAUUACUCGGCCGCCUAGCCCGCGUUUUCGAACAUGGGUUAAAACUAUUAUCUCUCUGCACCACAAUAAAAAACAAAUUUUCUUGUUUUUUCGGUGUUAUUUUAGUAAUUAAAAUCAUAAAUACACGAGUAGUUCGAACCACCUACCACAAUAUAGCUUUAUUUUAGUAUUUGCCUUUUCCUACUUCACAAUAAUUGAAAUAAGGUUUGGAUUUGAGGCGCCCAAAAUAAUUGUGUUGGUGGUGGUUACUUUGUUAAGAGGAUCACUGAGGUCCUCAAAGAAUAGCUCUUUUUGUUUUUCCUUAUGAACAUUUUAAAACAAUAAUAGGAUUAUAAUUUUAUUAUAUGACAACUCAUAAAAUAUGACAACUGUUUCCCCAUACAUAUUUAUUUUCUUAUCAUUAUGUAUUAAGGAAAUUUGAAUAUACAUACAUGACUUUUAUUUUAGAAAGAUACUUAAGAGUACUAAAUAAGUUUGACUAUUAUAUGUGGCGAUUAAAUUUACUUUUAUCUUUUAAAGUAUGGUAAAAAGUAAUUUAUCAUAUUAGGUUAAAUUACAGAAUUACAGAAUUUUCAAAACAUAUGAAUAUUGUUUUCGGUAAAUCAGAAAUUUUAAAUUAUAUUAAAAACACAGAAAGGGUGCUAGAAACUCUCGUGGACCCGGUCUGAGACAAUUUCGUAUUGUAAGAACAAAGACAUGUUAACCACAGAUUUCCUGCCACGUGUCUCUCCUAAACGAGCGGGAAAACGAAAUAGCAUUUAUAUCCAUUACUUAUAAGUUGAUUCCUACCAACAUGAGCUGUAGAUAGAUUUGGUCCAGAUGAAUCACAAUAAUUUUUUAUAUGGUUAGAUGCACGCCACGGUUUCUUCUAUGAGAAGGUAACAUCAUCAGAUCAAAUCUUUACUUAAUAGUUGAUUAGGGGCUUUACGUUUUCAUCUUGACUUAAAACUUAUGUGUUCAACAAAAGAAUUCAAAGCAAAGUCUAUUUUGUUUUACUUAUGUAAAUGUUGGACUUUUCUUUUGGGAUAAAGUUAUAGGAGUAGAUUUUAGUGCAAUUUUUAUUUUGAAGAUAAGAUUUUUCAACAGCUAAUUAAGCUUAUCCUCUCAUGAUGGUACAUUACCCUUACACCGAAUAUGCCAGAAUGGUGGCUUGACUCGAUCCAAUCCGUUUAUUAGUGAAGGUAUUCUUCUACCCUACAAAUAAAUGCAUAAAUGGAUUAGUUUUUUUAAGCUAUUGAAUGGGUUACACUAGUAAUGUGUUACCGAUUUCUAAGGUAUUGAGCUCUUUGAAUGGAUUUUUAUGUUACUACAUUUAAUUAUAGGGACGUGUAAAUCAUGAUUUUCUGAUUAAACAAUACUCCAAGUUUAACACAUCAAUGUAAAUUAUUGCAGUAUUUAAGAUUCAUUUUAAUAUUUAUUAACUUUUGUCAUUUUAUAUGAUCUUUUCUUAUUGAGAUAAGAUGUGUAAGAGAGGGGGGGGGGGGGGGGGGUAACUAUUUAGUUAACACUUUUUUGGUAACUCUCAGUAUAGAAUACUCGUUCAGAUGAAGUAGACAGUAAUGAUAAAAUUUUGAUAAUGAUGAGAUUUGAUUAUUAUGCAUGGCAAUAAUGUGGAGUCAAGUUGAGAUGCAUGUUGUAAUUUGUAAAGUGAAAGUGCAAGAAAAGUCAUCCAUUAAAAUGAUUUUAUGAUUUGGAUAGGAAAAUUAUCAAGGAACGAAUGUUUUUGAGAAAACUCUGAAAAGGAGAAGCCACCAAUUCGACAGCUGGAAAAGGGUUUCAGAGUUGGGCCAAACGAAUUUCAGAAGUGACCCACUUGGAUUCACUAUUGAUCCAAAUAAAUCAAAUCAAAUGAAAAUCUCUUCUGCCCAACAAAUGAAAAUCCUUCCUCUUUUGCUUUGUUUCCAGCCUAAUCAUAACAAUAAGCACAUCCAGGGAUGUUAACUAAACAAUUUUGGCCCGGCCCAGCCAUAUAUGAUACAAACCCGAUCCUAUUUGAAUCCUAUGAAUGAAAGAGCUAGAUGGUGACCAAGAAAACGAAAAUGAACAUUCACCAAUUACAAGAAAUAAUUCAAUUCCUUAUCAUUCUUAUAAAAUUACAUAAUUUACGAGGAAUAUUUUUUUACUAAUAUUCUUCUUAUUAUUUUUUCUGUAAAAAAUAAUAUAACAAAAUUAUUUCUUACUAAAUUUAGAAAGGAGCAAUAAUUUUUAUUAAUUCCUAUAAUUUUAUUCUUCUUUAUUCUUUUCAUAUUUUUUCAUGAUGUUCCUAAAAUUGUCACCAGUUAAACCCUUAGUCUAUCAUAUUAUAAGUACAUUAUUUCAAUUUAUUUUCAUUGUAGUAAAUACUAAUAUUUUUCUGUUAAAGUAAAUUUAUUAAAAAUUAAUAAUUUAUAUGUUCACAAAGAGUGUCAUUUUGUGUAUUUAGUAGUUCUUUUGUUACAUUUUGUCUGUUUUCUUUUGUUAUUUAGAGGUGGUGUCAUAACUUCAAAAUAUGAAUUCAUAUUUCUAUCAAUUGGUUGUAUUUGAGUAUUCAAUCCUUUGUGACAUUUCUCUGGGGUUAUAUUUCUAUUUAUCAUUUCAUGACACAAUAUAAAAUAAUAAUGGGUAUUUGCAACAACUCGUAGUAUUUAAUUUGAAAUAUGUAGAAACCAGGUUUACAAGACUCAAACUUAAGAACACUACCAAAUACACAAUUAUUUUAAAAUAUUAUGAAUCAACUAAUCUUUGACCAAAUUGGCAUCAACAAAUUAUGUAAAAUGCAGCCGAAUGCAUAUAUUUGAUGGGCUUGUGCGAUGGCUGACCCUCUGCCCUCAAUAGCCAAUGUAAAAACCCGAUCCUCUGCUCUCAAUAGCCAAUAUAAAAACCAGGUUUACAAGACUCAAACUUAAGAACACUACCAAAUACACAACUAUUUUAAAAUCGUCUGAAUCAACUAAUUUUGACAAUUGGCCUCAACAAAUUAUGUAAAGUACAGCCAAAAGCAUAAUUGAUGGGCUUGUGCCGAUGACCGGCUCUCUGCUCUCAAUAGCCAAUGAAUGAGUUGAUCAAUAUAUGAUAUGAUUACUCAAGGAGAGAUACGAUUCAAAAUUCUAGAUUUUGUGUUAAGAAUUAGUUAAAACUAGUGUUCUGUCUCGUACUACAGCACAAAAAUUAAUUUGCAUAUUUUAUGAAAAUCUAAUAUAUACAAUAAUAUUGGUUGAAGAUCCAAUGAAGUAACUGAUGAGAUCCUCAAAAAAGUUUCCUACCUGAUAUACUGUUGUUAUAAUCUGAUCCAGUAAAAUGAUGUGGAUUCUUUAGUCUAGUGUUGUGUUAGAAGAAUACACUCAUUUGUACGCACAUCGUUUUAUCUUUUUGUUUUUGUUUUUAUUGACUCUUCAUAUUUUACAUAAUACUUGUGUUAAUGGUCCACUAAUCACGUGUUCACUCCUUUUCUAUACAGAAGCAUCACCAAAACAUGCAAAACUUCUAAUAAAUUAGAACUUUUUGAUUGAAGAAUAUACCUUUCUAAAGAUAAGCCAUAAAAACUAAUUUAAAAUAGCCAAUUCUUUAUAUAGAGAGAAUGUAAUUAUUUUUACUUCAUUUGCAAAUAUUACUCUGGUUUCCCUGUCCUUUGGAAGAAUUAAGCUCUGAAAAAAACAGACUGAAGUUACAUCUUCUAUCUGAAUCAUGUUAAACGAAUCAAAUGAUAUUAAUUUGAACAGAAUAGAAAAAGAAUAUGAAUAGAGUAGUCACAGACCUGUACUGAUUUUUGUUUAUAUACAGAAAAGCUGGGAAAAUUGAAUAUGAAUCGAUGGAGAAAAAGAGAGAAAAAAAAAACAGUUAUGGAAAAUUAUAUAGUAGAAGAUGAAACAGGUUGAAGUCAUAUCAUGAUUUGAGAAGUUAUAUAUGACGUGAAACAGAUUCGUAGAUCAAAAGUUAUGUAGGAGAAAAAUUGUUUGAAGGGGUGAAAACUAAUUUUGAACGUGGGAUGAGAUCCUUUGAGAAAAUAUAGGAGUUUAAUUAUAUUUGAAGUUGCAAAUUUUGGAAAUUACGUGAUGGUUUUUUUAGCCUUUUUAGUUUUUUUUUUGUAAAACAAUAGCCAUGUGUCAUUAUUUUAGUGGUCAAGUGACUUGUGCUUUAGUAUAUAAAAGAUACAUAACAAUCAAAACCACUUUGUUUGACCAUAUAUAGGCCCAGCCUUACAAAAAUUGGGCUGGAAGCAGUAAAAAACGUGAGUUUUUUAUUUAAAUAAAUAAUAACUAGACAGUAACCUCUGAUGUAUGUGAAGUGAAAUAGUUUAUUAGAUUAUUUAUAGUAUGAUGUACUAAGAGAUUUGUCGUAUAGCUUUUUAUGAAUUAAUAUUCAUAUAUCUGUUUGGAUUCAUUUGAUCUUUCAAAUUUUCAGAGUAAUAAUUUAAAUCUUAUUUAAAUAUUUAUAAAUUUUGGUUUAAAUUUGGUUCGAAUCAUUGUGGGUUCAGUUCGAAUUUGAGUUCAAAUACCCAUUUUAAUUACAUAUUCUUUUAUAAAAAAACCAAAAUAUACCUAAAUCCUCAAAAUCUGAAAAUAAAAUAAUAUAAAACAUACACAUUUGAAUAAUGUAAGACUAACUAUUUAAAUUGACAUAAAAAUUAGUUCAAUUAAAAUAUUUGGAUGGAGAACAAAUAAAUGUUAUCAGUAUUUUAAACAUUUACUGUUAUUUUUAGAUAUUUACUUGUGACUAUGUUGAUAAUUUUGAGAUAUUUUCAUAUUUUUGAAUAUCUAAUAGAUAUAAUUUUAAAAUAAUUAAUAUAUUUUAGUAUCCAAAAUAUUUUAGUUUGGAUUAGUAUCGAGUCUGGUUAUUUGAAUAUUAAACUUUUAGAUCCAUCUGAGUAUAUUUAAUCAAUUUUAGUUUGUGUUUAAUAUUACUUUCAAAUCUAGUUCGAUUCGGUUUUGGAUCCAGAUUAGUUGAUUAAAAAAAGUGUGCGAACACAUUAAAUUAUCUGCGGUGGAGUUAAAAAAUUAGUGUGUAAACUCAUUAAUUAUUAAAUAAUUGUGAGACCGAAAUAUCAGCACACUCAAAUUGAAAUCAAUGUGAAGCUACCACAUGGCAAAAUAUAGUGUGAACACAUUAAUUACAAAUAUUUUUCUUUUAAUAUAUAAGAGAUAAUGAAAAGUUAAAAAAAUUAGUAUGUGAAAUUGAAAUCAAUGUGAGGCUGCUACGUAAUUAAUAUAGCGUGAACGCAUUAAUUACAAAUGUUUCUAUUUUAUAUAUAAGAGACGUCAGAAAAAAAAUACAUAUAAGAGAUAAUGAAAAGUUAAAAGUGAUGCUAAUCAGGUUUGAACUGGCCACCUUUUAAAGCACAAGAGCAACAUAACAACAAAAGGUAGCGUUGAUUUUGAAAAAUGGGUGGCAAAAUAUAGAUAUCCUAACAAAGCUUUGGCGGAAAGCAUAUGCUUCUAUGGCUUCUAAUCAGGACCGCUACUGACCACCUGCUACUGACCACCUGAAUCUGGCUAUGCAGUCUAAUAUUAGACUGUGUUUGUUGAACCAAAAAAAAAAAAGACUGUGUUUAUUUGUUAGAUAUUCUUAUGGAGGUUUUUUUUUUUGCAAAUCAGUGGCAUACGAAAUAACUACUAGUCAUCAAAAUCACAAAAGGUACUGUGUCUCAUUCCAAAACGCACUAAGAAGACGAGAAUAUUUAAAGCUGAAAAGAUGAAUCUAAGACCAGAAACAUGUGGCUCUCAUCAGGUUUCGCUAUGCACAUUGAAGAAAGUACAAGUGCAAACAACAUGAGAAAGAAAAAGGAAUCGAAUAAAACAAACACUUUUUCUUUUUCAAAUUUUCGGCAAUGACACAUUUGGAAUUUCAUCGGAAACUACGUCCUUAAGGUCCACAUAAAUUCCAUUCAAAGCACGCACUUUUGAGAGAAGAGACUGCAUCAAAAGAAUAAAAAAGACAAAUCAAAGUGUUUUUGCGUUUGAUUCUCAUUUGGAAACAGCUAUAACGAGGCACGUUGUUAUUAGCUCAAGUUUUCAAUUUCGCAAAUCCAUGGCGACGCUGCAGAGAAUCAAGUUCCUAGCGACGCAGUGUGGAGUUGCACCGAGCCCGACAAGAAGUCCAAGCCCGAGGACAAGUCCGUUGGUGCAGUUUCGUCGCAAGAAGACAACCUUAAAGAUGCUUCUGAGUCUUAUACCGCCUAGCCGCAGAGAGCAGCCGCUCAUUCAUCAUGGCCGCUCCUUGGCUGCUGACAAGGACGUAGCUGCGAGCAAACUGCGAGACUUAUUCGUGACUUCGUCUCCCGUAGAGGAAGGAGAAGAGAAAGAGAGACCGAAAGGGAAGACAAAAGAAGAAGUUCUUGCAGCCAUGGCAGCUAAAUUAAACGCAGCUGCUAGUUCACAGGUGGGGAACAAUGCAGCACCGGUUUGGUUUAGAUUCAGCAAGCGGCUUCUCCAGCGAGCUUGGCGUCCUAAGCUUGGUACCAUUCCUGAGUAAUGUAUAACCAGUUUCUUGUCUUUCUUAUGUGACACUCAAAACUAAUUUGGAAACCAUUUGUUUCUCUAUGAAAAAAGUAUAUUUAUGCUUUCAUCAAAUCUCGUAUCUUGCCAACAAACUAUAAGUUUGAAUAUAUCAUAAGAGCAUCUCCAACAAUCACCUCCAACAAUCACCUUAGUUUUGAAUGGGAAAUACAAGAGGUUGAAUGUGUAUUGCUCCAAUAAUGGUCACUUUUAAUUUGUUCUUUUAAAAAAUUGAUAUUUACAUUUUGAGUCCUUAAUAUCAUUAAUAAUUUACAAUAAUCACUAAUUUUUUAUAAAUACAUAUAAAAUAUUAGUAUUUGACAAAUAUUAAAAUAAAAUAUUUUGAGAAAUAUAUAAUAAUAAAUA